UUUCACUUUCUGUUUCUCGUGAGUCGUGCAACAUAAGGACUAUCCGACACGAUGAGUAAAUUGUGUAACAUUUCUCCCUUGAAGACCUAACCUCAUGGGAUAUUCUGUGGUGUUCGCUAGAAUAUGCCAAUCUGUAGCCAAAAAUACUUUACUUUUGCUUUAUCAACGCAUGAACUCCUGCUUCCUAUUGUAUGCUACCGGUGUCUUGCUGGUAGGCUGUUCAAUACUUUAGGUAGGCUAUCCGAAGAAACAUUGUUGCACUAUUCUGUGAAAACCUACGCGUAAUUUAGUUAACCAAGCACAAACCGAGAGACUUGUACAAUCUAUUUCUUCUCAACAUGUUAGGCCUACGUCUCUGUUUGAUACUGUGCUGUGCACUCACACCAGCUGUAUGUUGUCAAGUCCGCUCAGCUGAAGAAGAACUACUGGCCAGUAAAUCGCCUUUUCCAUGGAGCAAAAUGCGGUUACCAGAAACUGUUAACCCGCUACAUUACGACCUCUUUAUUCAUCCAAAUCUUACGUUUCUUAACUUUACGGGAAUUGUUCAGAUACAAAUAGACGUGCAAGAGGAAACUCGCGCGAUUAUUCUUCACAGCAAAGACCUCCACAUCAUUAGAUCAACUCUCCUGUCAUCAGGUCACCAUCGAAAUCUUAAUGUUUUAGAUUACCCAGCUUUCGAGCAAAUUGCUGUUAUAUCAGGUGACAUCAUUAGUAGGGGAGUGCAUGUGCUCAGUAUAGAAUUCUCAGCUGACCUCUCUGAGAGUUUUCAUGGAUUUUAUAAAGGAUCAUACAAGACUAAGGAUGGAGAGACAAGGGUUAUGGCAUCAACACAGUUUGAGCCCACUCAUGCCCGCCAAGCCUUCCCAUGCUUUGAUGAGCCUGCCUUCAAAGCAAACUUCACCAUACGUGUACGCAGAGAAGCCAGGCACAUUGCUGUGUCCAACAUGCCCAAGCUGAAGACUGUGGAGCUGCCAGGAGGUCUCUUGGAUGAUUACUUUGACACCAGCGUUAAAAUGAGCACUUACCUGGUGGCCUACAUCGUGUGUGAUUUCCUCUCCAUUCGGAAGACCACUGAGCAUGGAGUUGAGAUCUCAGUGUAUGCUGUUCCUGACAAAAUCGACCAGGCGGAGUAUGCUUUAGAUACUGCAGUGAAGCUCCUUGACUUUUAUGAUGAUUAUUUCAGUAUCCCUUAUCCUCUUCCCAAACAAGAUCUAGCAGCAAUCCCAGACUUCCAGUCCGGUGCCAUGGAAAACUGGGGUCUGACAACGUACAGGGAGUCAGGGCUCCUUUUUGAUCCAGAGAAAUCAUCACCUUCAGAUAAACUGGGAAUAACAAAAGUCAUUGCCCACGAAUUGGCCCAUCAGUGGUUUGGCAACCUGGUGACUAUGCAGUGGUGGAAUGACCUGUGGCUGAACGAGGGCUUUGCCAAGUUUAUGGAGUUUAUGUCCGUUGACAUAACCCACCCAGAGCUGCAAGUGAAUGACAACUUUCUGGGGAAGUGCUUCCAGGCCAUGGAGGUGGACGCCCUGAGCUCGUCUCACCCCAUCUCCACCCCUGUGGAGAACCCAGCCGAGAUCAGAGAGAUGUUUGAUGACGUCUCCUACAGAAAGGGUGCGUGUGUUCUGCACAUGCUCAGGGACUUCCUGACUCCCGAGGGGUUUAAGAUUGGCAUCAUCCGAUACCUGAGGCGACACAGUUAUCAGAACACAGUCAAUGCCCACCUCUGGGAAAGCCUCUCCAGUGUCUGUCAUUCUGAUGAUGCAGAUCAGGGAAGAAUGAAAUUGGAUGGAUUUUGUGGUGGAGGCAAGAAGAGUGGAGCUGAAACUGAGCGCUCUAAAUGGUUCAUGCAAGAUGAGCUGGAUGUGAAAGCCAUCAUGGACACAUGGACCCUGCAGGAGGGAUUUCCCAUGAUUACUGUGGAGGUCAAAGGUCGAGAAGUCAGACUGAGUCAGCAGAGGUAUCUGAAAGGGGGAGAUCCUGAUAAGAUGUCAAGUUUCCUUUGGCAAGUUCCGCUUACUUACAUCACCAGUCACUCAAGCACUGUACAAAGAUUCCUGCUGAAGACCAGAAAAGAUGUGUUAUACCUGCCGGAGGAGGUGGAGUGGAUCAAGUUCAACGUGGACAUGAGAGGAUAUUACAUCGUCCACUACGAGGCAGGGGGAUGGGACGCUCUGAUCAGGCUUCUGCAGCGUAACCACACGGCCCUCAGCAGCAACGACAGAGCCAGCCUCAUCAACAACAUCUUCCAGCUGGUCAGCAUAGGUAAGGUGCCCCUGGACAAAGCUCUGGAGCUGACCCUGUACCUGAGCCAGGAGCAGGAGGUCAUGCCGGUGACGCAAGGCUUCAGUGAGCUGGUCCCGCUCUACAAGCUCAUGGAGAAACGGGACAUGGAGCAGCUGGAGAACGCCAUGAAGGGUUACAUACUGAACCUGUUCCGAGGACUAAUUGACAAACAAGAGUGGAGUGACAAAGGGGCCGUGUCCCAGAGGAUUCUACGGAACUACCUACUCCUUUUCGGCUGUGUCCGACGUCACCCGCCGAUAGUGACCACGGCACAGCAGCUUUUCCAGCAGUGGACCAAGUCCAAUGGCACCAUGAGGUUGCCUAGCGAUGUGACUUUGGUUGUGUUCAUGGAGGGGGCUCGCGGUGAGAGUGGCUGGGACUUCCUCCUGCAGAAGUACCUCCUCUCCAUGUCACCCUCAGAGAGAAGCACCAUCAAAGCUGCCCUCUCCUACACCCCUCUGGUCGACAAGCUCCAGUGGUUGCUGGAGAAGAGUCUGGAGGGAGAAGUCCUGAAAACACAAGACCUGACCUCCCUGCUCGUAACCAUCAGUAGAAACCCCAAAGGAUUCAAACUCGCCUGGAACUUCACAAGGGCUCACUGGUACAAGCUGGUUAGCAAGUUUGAUUUGGGUUCUUCAUCCAUUUCACGCUUGGUGGUCGGUGUGACAGAUCAGUACUCUACACAGGAGAUGCUGGAGGAGGUGCGCAAAUUCUUUAGGUCACUACCUACUGAGGCAGGCUCCGAGCUGCGUUCGAUCCAACGGGCCCUGGAGACCAUCGAAGAGAACAUUCGCUGGACGGAUCGGAACCUUCCUUUGCUAAAAACGUGGCUGGAUAGCAGGCGAGGCAUUUAAGCAUGUCUGGUUAGGCUGUUUAAAAACAUUAUAGAAGACAGAUAAUCAGCCAGAAAACUCUUUGUCAAUGUGCCUCACAAAGAGAUCAAUAAAUCAAUCAGGUUAUCAGCCAGCAGUUCAUUAACACAAAUAGAGCCCAUCAUCCCCAGCUAUACCUGGGGGAUCUGACAUAGUUGGAUUCAGCACUGGACACAACAGAGUGGGGCAUCUCCACUGUUACUGUGAGGCUACUGUGUGGGAUGCAACCCACACAAGGUAUAUUUACCUCCGCCAAGGAGGUUAUGUUUUCAUUGGGGUUUGUUUGUUUGUAUGUUUGUCUGUCUGUUUGCUAGCAAGAUAACUCAAAGAGUAAUGGAUGGAUUUUGAAUCGAAAUUUUUGGGGAAGGUUUGAAAUGACCUGUUUUGCCGUCUGGAUUCAGGAGGCGUUUAUUAAUUUUCACUUGGCGGUGUAAUGACACGGUAUGUGGUGGCGAUCUGAAUAGUUUAGGUUCAAAUUUAUGACAACCAAGGAGGAAGUAGCCUAACAAAGUAAUCUAGGCUGCUUGCAUCUUGAUCGUUGUGUCUAGAGGCAAGGAGUCUAGAGGCACAGAUAACGUGUUUUAAAUAAAGUUUUUUGGUGUGGAGUGUGCAAACGGGUGACCUAUGCAGCAAGAGACAGCGAGAGUCGGUGAAAAAAGAUUCAAACACUGCGCUCUCUGAGUGCUUUUCUAGUCUUAUUAAGGUACUCUUCAUAUACCUUGAAGAAUGAAUGGUGUAGGGGAGAGGGGGACACCUUUUUUGGUAGGAGGGGGGGCCUCUGACAGAUAUUGUGAUUGUGAUUUGAUUUGCAGUAUGUUUUUUUCCAGACUUCAGUUAAGUUUUCCAAAUUUCUCUUUAAUAAAUUGCAUCCUUUGAGAAGCUAAUUGUGAUUUCGGUUAAAAAUCGAUGAGUUUUGCAGCCCUAGCUUAAAGCCAUUUUAAACCUAGUUUUGACAUUGUGAAUAAAUGGGGGGGUUUUUUACAUGCUUAAUGGACACGUAGUGUGCGGGACUUCUUCUAUAAGUAUCACUGGCAACUAUUACCUUGUCCGACAUACCUGUCCUAACAAAGAGUUGUGCUUUUGAACUAAAAACAAAGUUUUUAGUAAGUUUGUAAAACAAAAAAACAGUAAAAAAGUUGUGGAAUU